UAAACAUAUUCGGAUCCAGCAACGCCUCUGCUGAAGCAAUUAGGGUUUUGUGCAAGCAAACGCCGAAAGCGCCGAAGCUCAGUCUUGGAUACUCUCAUCUCCUCCGAUUUCACAACAUGGCAACCCAGAUGAGCAAGAAGCGAAAGUUUGUGGCCGACGGAGUCUUCUUCGCCGAGCUGAAUGAGGUUUUGACCAGAGAGCUGGCUGAGGAUGGCUACUCUGGCGUCGAAGUCAGGGUUACCCCUGUUCGCACUGAGAUCAUCAUCAGAGCCACUCGUACUCAGAACGUUCUCGGCGAGAAGGGUAGGAGGAUUAGGGAGCUGACAUCCAUAGUUCAGAAGCGGUUCAAGUUCCCUGAGAACAGCGUUGAGCUAUACGCUGAGAAGGUGAACAACAGGGGUCUCUGCGCCAUUGCUCAGGCUGAGUCUCUCCGUUACAAGCUCCUUGGAGGCCUCGCUGUUCGCAGGGCUUGCUAUGGUGUGCUGAGAUUUGUCAUGGAGAGUGGGGCAAAGGGUUGUGAGGUUAUUGUGAGUGGAAAGCUCAGGGCACAGCGUGCCAAGUCAAUGAAGUUUAAGGAUGGCUACAUGAUAUCAUCUGGUCAGCCCGUCAAUGAAUAUAUUGACUCUGCUGUGCGACAUGUUCUUCUUAGACAGGGUGUGCUUGGUAUUAAGGUGAAGAUCAUGCUCGACUGGGAUCCUAAGGGCAAGCAGGGACCAAUGACCCCAUUGCCUGAUUUGGUGACCAUCCACUCUCCCAAGGAAGAACAAUAUCUUCCAGUUCCACCAGUGGCGGCAGUCAACAUAGAGGCUCCUCCAGUUGCAGUAGCUUAAACUGAAUUCCGUUGUUGGUGGUUGUUUCCGACAAUGUUUUAUGUAGUAUUAUGUUAUGGUAGCAACAGUUUUUUUGUUGAAAUCAGGAGAGGAAUACUACUAUAUUGUUGUUUUGAUUAACUCCUCAGGUUUGCAUAUUUCAAGGUUUUUUCACUUAAAUUUUGUUUUUGUUUUUAUGAAUGAGGGCUGGUGACUUAACUCGCUGUUGCUGCUUUAUGUAUAUUGGUUUUGGUGGGGUUUAAUCCCGACCCAGGUGAAAAAAGUUAUGGGUGUGAGCUCUUUUAGUUAGUGGCAGAGGCAAGGCAUGUAGUAAAUCUUUAUAUGGAUGGAUGUUUCUAGUGGUAAGUUUUUA